AUGUCAAUCACGUCCAACACCGUGCCACCCAUUGCAAAAGUCGACGUCAAGCUGGGGAAUCUUCCUGCACACAUCUCGUCCACACAUAACCCGACCAAGCGAUUGCCAUGGCGGAUUAUUCGUCAGUCAGGAUGUGUUCAUUCGGCGACAAUCAUGCUUCCAGACAAGAUUUAUAGCUCGAUGUUGCGGAAUGGUUACAGUCUUGAAAACGCUGUCCCGCGAAUCAGCUAUGCAAAGGUCAUCAUGAAGUUGGAGCAACUUCUUCAAGGCGAUUUCUUCAAUGAAUAUAUCAAACGAGGCAGUAUCGUUAUGAUUUCAGAAGGGGAUGCCAUGGCUGACAACAUCUUCUCGGUCAAAGAGGGUACCCUUUCACUGGAGCUUUCCAAAGAUGACUACGAGCGUACUGGCCUUCAAGGGUUUCCUGUCAGCUCUGGCGGACGUAAACAUAUCAAAUCGAGAUAUUUGAUUGAGGCAGAUCUUCGACUGCCAUCCAUGUUACGGGGCAAGAAAGGGUUCGAUAGGAUAGUUUGGGCAGCUCAGAAAGUCCUCAACCAAGACCGAAAUUGGAUAUUUGUGGACCUUAAAGAACCCAAACAGAAUCCACCUAUUCUUCAGUACCAUCCCAUACUCCGUGAUAUCCUACCUACUAGCGAGCUAGUUAGUGAUGUUCUCAUCCCUUCAACUCUUACCGAUGCUGCAGGAGUGUCAGUCGUACUUUCAAAGGCGAAUUUACCAACUGAGGACGCCCAAGAAUCGCUGUACGAACUCCUCGAGUUCUUAGACCUCCUAAAGUUGCGAUCACCACGCGUUCAAAGCACAACCCGGGUUGAUCCGUUUAUCAGUCGCUACUCCGUUCCAUGCAGUCAGAGUAACGAGGACAAUCAGAUCCAGGAUGUUAGGAUUCUCGAGUGGAAGGGGCUGAUCUCGACUCAGUGGAUCACGACUUUGCUCAGUGAACUCAUAAUGCAAACUCGCAAAUGCAAUAUAGACAGCGCUUCUACGCAGCAGCAAUGGCUUGCACUGACUGUUACAACCCAUUCUACAGCGUCCAACGCGGGAACAGAUGGCUACACGAUUGUUCUUCAAUCAGAUUCGGCUCAAGAACCCCCGCAGAACACUGCUCAGGGCAUAAACUCCAGGGAGGAUGAUUCCAUAAUGAUUGAUGGCUACGUUGGUGCAUCCGUACAAGAGCCGCGUAUUUCAGCCCAACAACACGCUGACGGUCAAGAAUCGAAUACCGAACACGGGUCUGGUGUUCGACGCUUUCUUUGCGCCGAAUACAUCAACAGCCCUACCUCUCGUUGA